AUGAUACCCAAUCCUACAUCUGAUCCAAACUUGAUCAAAGAACACCAAUUCUAUGACUCAUCCUCAUCGUCGCAUUCCUUAGCAUCUACAUCUCCUACUGCCAACACUAUCAACUCCGAUUCAAUCAUAUCGGUCAUUCAAAGAGUAAUAACAUUUGAUACUGAUGACAUAUUGUCCAUGGAUAAUUUUCUAAGGUUGGUUGUCAUAUCAUCGAUGCUAAUGCUUUUAUACAGUUUUUUUUCCAGUUGGUUAAGAAGGAGAAGAAGUUUUGAGAAAUUGAGAGAAAAGGCAAAACCAAGCAACAUGGUAUAA